AUGGCAAACGGGUAUGAUUCUGCCCCCUUGCUGUUUCUGACCACUUCGGAUGGUGCGGCUCCGACGGGACGCAAUGCACGAGCUCAGUCGCGAGCAUCAAGUGCGAAGCAGUCGAAUCCCGCAGUGGCUCACUAUGGCACCUUCAACACCUUUGCUCUGGCUGGGAAACGUAAGAACGUGUUUGAAGCGUCGUCGACGACGACGACGGACUUGAAUGAUAUAUGCCGCCCACCGAAGAAGCGGCGGAUAGCUCCAUCAUCAUCAUCAUCGAGAAGCACACGCAUUGUUCCCACACCGUGUUCAGGAGGGUCUUCGCGUCCGACACAGCCCCCUGCGAUUUACUGGGAGCGCAUCAAUCAUGAGAAGCCUCCACUAUGUAUCCUGGGAGUGCACCUCUCCUCGGCAUGCACUUCGUUACCGCCUCAUCUCGAUCUGGAGAAUGUGUUGAAAGUAGCAGCCUUUCACAUCCGACGCAAGGCAGCCCAGCUCCUGGACAACCGGCCAGAUCGAACUCUCGAUGCACUUCGGUGUCGACAGUGGGGGGCUGUCUCCGCCAAACUCGCUUCUCUCGGCCAAAGUCCAUACUUGGAUGGGGCCAUUGCCUGCGUAGUUUCCAAAGUGCAACAAGUCGUAUCCGGAGCAGCCAGCGAAGAACGUGUUUUGGUCUGCUAUUCAGACGCACUCCAUCUCCUGCGCGCGGCAGUCCAGGAUCCUGCAGUCCAUGAUCGACUAGACAUGCUCGCGGCCUCUCAGCUGCUCGCCGUCUACGAGAUGUUGGACUCGCCAGACUCGUCCUCGUGGUCGCGACACAUUGCUGGCGUGGCUGCCAUGGCAAAGCUACAAGGGAGACAACAUCGAAAUAGCGAAAUUACCACCGAACAGGCAGCUCCCAUGUUUGUGGAAGCACUUCUGAGCGAAGACGACAGCUACUUUGAAAGUAAGCAGUGGAAGGCUCUGCUGCAGAUUUUGACCAUCAAACAAUCUCUCAACCCUGAAGCUACAGGUGAGACUCUAUCUUGCUUCCGAGCACUGCGGACUCUCUUCGCCACUUGCAAAGUCGCCACGAGAGACGAGUUGAAAUGGACGGUUCGAUUCGACAUGCUAGCCAAAGCUCACGAGCUGCGAGCUCACCUCAAAAACGUCGUGGUCCGCAGCGAACAUCGUUUCUUAACCCGACAGCAGACGAGCAAAGGCUGCGAUGUGCUCGGUCUGUGUCUGGUGAGCAUCAUGAUGCUCGAUCGUCUGAUUCUGACUCUCCGCCAGACGACUACAUGGCAGGGACACAAUUUGGAAGUGGAUACGCAAGAGUUGUGUACGCAAGUCAUCAGGCAUGAGCUGAAUACUGCCGAGACGUUUCCCGCAAAGGAUCUGCUACAGGCAUUCCAGCAGCAACAUGAUUAUCCAUUGUUGCCGUUGUACGAUAAUUUGAAGUGAAGGAAUUACUUGGCUGUGCUAGAAAGAAGGAAAGAAAAGAAAAUAUGGUAUCUUGGCACAAGAUCUCGCAUGAGUGAGUGUCGCCCUCGGAAGCGUUGGAGUAUAGAGAGACAGGAGAGUUCCUUUUUUUUUUCAACUUGAGCUGUUCACUUCAGCUAGGUAUGAAAGGUGAUGGGUGACGAGAAAAGUGAGGAAGG